AUGCGCCUAUCCAUCUACGCGGUCUUAUAUGGAGGGCCAAUGUUAGAGGACAUCGAAACUGGCGAAGUCGUUAAUCCUCCGGAAUUGGAAGAUUUCGGCGACUUGGAGGACAAUUCGAGAUGGCUCACAGAAGCCCGUUUACUUUGCGAUCCUGACGACGAGUUUGGGAACCUCCUUCCAAACUACGCACAAAGGCUUAUACAUCAGUUGCCAGGAUUUGACGAUUUACCUCACACAUGUGAUAUUCGGCCGAGAUCUCAAGCUUCAGAUAUCGAGGUUCAUGUUGCUGAAGCAAAUGAAGCGCUCAAGCUCCUCAGAGUUGACCCUGACGGUGGCCGACAGCAUAGCAUCAGUUCCAAAUGCUCAAGCUCGUCGGGUUAUUUUCCCCAAGUAAACUACACUCUCAGCCGCAACGACUAUCAUGUGCCUCAAUCCACCGUGGCUGGUGAGCCAACCUGGGAGGAAGAAGACUUCUCCGGGCUGCAUUGGCCUGGUCCUUAUCCUUCUACUCUAUCUACUCUAUACUAUACUCUCACUAGUAGCCCCUUGGAAAUCGAAGAACUGACGAGCUGCCUGCUCCAAAAUCUACGCACCGGCCGAUCCGAAGUCACUCGAACCAAAAAAGGUACCAUGCUUACCGACAACCUUUCCAAGCUGCCGACCGAGAUUCUCGAUAACAUUCUCGCGGCUAUGGGGCGUGACAUGCCUCCCGAGUCAUCCCACCAGUUACCCCAGAGAUUAUGGAAGGAUCAACUCAAGGCAGGUUCCCGCGGUCUUCUACCCUGGCUGUGGGAUAUUGACCCAGCUUGUGUCGACGCAAAAGACUCUGAGCUCUGUCCCGGUGGUGAGUCCUUCGAAUGGGACUGGAGCUGUUGGUGCGGCAGCUCAGUCGGGGCGUCGACUAAGGGGUUCUCCCAAAUGUACCUGACACUGUCAGGGCCACACCCGGUGUCAAUGGUCCUCAAGGCAAACCAACUAUGGCAGGGAUUGGCUAUCAUAUUGAUUUAG